UAUAUGGUACAGAAUGGCAACCUCCCCAUUUGAGCUCCUCACCACUUCACAUGGUAAACAAAGCGUCCACUGAUCUACGUCAAGCUUGUCAGACCGCCCUGGCUUCCACUACCAUGUCUGAGUCAAAGAUAAAGAUCGGACUUACCCGGGGUUUGGUGGACGGCGGGGAAAUAUUCGCUCAGUUCUCCCUCUCCUCUACCGCCCAUUACCAGCAUCUCUUCACCUACAUCAGUGCCAUUUGCUCCCGAGAGAAGGUGCUGGCUAUUUACUGGUUUAACCGUCACGACAGGGAGUUUGUUCUCAUCCACGACAACACUUCUAUGGACCUGUGCCUUGUCCAGUCCGGGCUCCAUGAGAUUCUCUACAUAAUAACAGAGAGCUGCAGUAAGCUGCACGGCUACAACUCUAAACAUAAACCUGAGCCCAUACAACUCAAGACUUCCUCCCCUAGCUCGGGGCCUAGUCCUGAUACAGCUAACUUGGAGCGGUCUAGCGAGGAAGACCAACCGAGCAGCACUCAGCAGGGAGAACAACACAUUCCUCUAAGGAAGAUGAAGAAGAGUGCUAGUUUGGAGUGGAGUUACGAGCAUCCCCCCUCCGUACAGGAGGUUUCUUCCAGAGAUGAGUCUGCAUUUGAUAUGACAGCUAGGGGAGAACGACCAACCUACUACCCGUACUUAGAGCACUACCAGCCGAGCUACCCCGCACGACCCAAACCCCACAGAACCCCCACUAGAACGAAGCGUGCCGAGCCUAAACUCAACAAGUACCACUCCCAGUCCGACCAGUCAGGCUCACUGAGCGACUCAGAUGAAGCUGCAAACGCAAAAGAAGUUGACCAAUUCGUGGAACAAGAGCCGCCGAAAAGGAAAAAGAAAGCAAAGCGGCGCGCGAACCGUGCAGCACUUGAACAGAAGAGGCAAGAAAUAGAAAUGGAGAGUUUUAAAGAGUUCGCUUCUACUGUGACGGCCGAUUAUCUUGCAGAAAUGUGCAGGGAGAGAACUGAAACAGAGCGAGCGAGUAAAGCGUCCAACGGUAGGAGAUUGAUCUGGGUAACGCUGUGGUUAGCCUCCUUUGUGUAUGCCUGGUAUAACAUAGCACUCAGUAUAGGAGUCUUUAUGAGUAAACCGACAGCAACGAAACUAAACUUUUACGAAGCCGUCCAGCGACGGUGUCAUUUUCCCGACCGUGACCAUUUGUAA